CGGCCGCCAAUUAACAUCACUGCACUGACAAUUCCUAUGCUCGAAGCGUUGAGCAAUGUGAAAAUUGUUACCGAAUAUGUGGAGGUACAAGCUGCUGAAUAUUCACCAAAAUCGUUAAAUUUCCUGCGCAGCUUGACAACAAUCGAAGGAAGAAAACUUUCGUAA